AUGAGCAAGAUUAACAACAGCACACUGGGUUUUGAAAAGAUCUUCGUCAUCGGCCUUCCGUCAAGGACAGACCGCCGGGAUGGUGUCCUCCUCCAGGCCGCUCUUAGCGACAUGGAAAUUGAGUUCGUCGAUGGUGUUCCCGGUGACAAAGUGCCGGACAAGGCUAUCCCUAAGACGAGCGAACAUGAUAAGCUCAGUAAUGGAGCCAUUGGCUGCUGGCGCGGACACAUGAACGCCCUUGGCGAAAUCGUUCGUCGCAACUUGACUUCUGCUCUCAUCCUCGAAGAUGACGUCGACUGGGACAUCAGGAUCAGGCAUCAGUUACACGACUUCGCCUUGUCGACGCAAGCACUUAUCCAACCCUUGGCGGAGGCGCCCUUGUCCUACGUCGACCCAAGCUACCCAGUACCAACCGACAACACUCUGGGCAGGAUACCCGACAUCCCAUUUGAGCACCUCCCCGCCACAAUCCUACCGAAAGUCUCUCCAUACGGCGAUGACUGGGAUCUUCUCUGGAUCGGACACUGUGGCAUGCACUUCCCGUUCGAGGACAGCAAGACUGUGCCCAAAGCCCGCAUCAUCCACACAAACGAUGUCACUGUCGCCCCGAAGAAGAACCUUUGGACCUUCAACAUCCCCUUCACCCUAAAGGAGAAGUAUCCGGAGCACACCAGGGCUGUCCACCACGCACAGGAGGGUGUUUGCACACUUGGCUAUGCAGUCAGUCAGAAGGGCGCGAGGAAGCUGUUGCAAGAGGUCGCUUUGAAGGAUGUCAGUGAUGCUGCUGAUAUCCUUCUGAGGUUCUUCUGUGAGGGAGCCAAGGGAAGGAAGCCUCAUAAUUGCUUGACAACGCAGCCGGCUCUCUUCCAUCACCAUCGUGCGGCUGGUCCUCUCAGCUCAAUGAGUGACAUUGGAAACCAUGGCGAUGGGUUCAGGGAUCAGAGUAUGACAGACAUGGUGAGGUGGAGUGUGAGGCUCAACGCCGAUGCGUUGCUGGAUGGGAGGACAGACUUCAUGGAUCAAUAUCCCGACGACAAGUAG